AUGUUCAGCUUCUUGUGCUCCCACAUCCAAUACGCCACCAACCGCGGCAACAUUCGGUCUGCCAUCACCAUCUUCCCACCACGGGCACCGGGUCGGGGUGAUUUCCGCAUCUGGAACUCGCAGCUAAUCCGUUAUGCUGGGUACCGGCAACCUGAUGGCUCCAUACAAGGGGACCCAGCCAAUGUGGACAUCACUGAGGGUCCUGAUGAACCUCCCGAGCUCUUCCCACUGCCCCCUGAACUAGUCCUCGAGGUGCCCCUCCAGCACCCAACCCUGCCAUGGUUUGAGGAGCUGGGGCUCCGCUGGUACGCGCUGCCCGCUGUGUCCAACAUGCUGCUGGAGAUUGGGGGGCUGCAGUUCCCAGCCGCCCCCUUCAAUGGCUGGUACAUGGGCACUGAGAUUGGCACCAGGAACCUCUGCGACCGUCACCGCUACAACCUGCUGCCGGAGGUGGCUGAGCACAUGGGGCUGGACACAGGAACGAGCUCAUCACUCUGGAAGGACAAGGCAGCCGUGGAGGUGAACGUGGCUGUGCUCCACAGCUUCCAGCUGGCCAAAGUGACAAUUGUGGAUCACCAUGCAGCCACCGAGUCCUUCAUAAAGCACAUGGAGAAUGAGCUGCGGACACGGGGAGGGUGCCCAGCUGACUGGGUCUGGAUCGUGCCCCCCCUCUCGGGCAGCCUCACCCCUGUCUUCCACCAGGAGAUGGUCAACUACCAGCUCUACCCCACCUUCCGCUACCAGCCUGAUGCCUGGAAGGUCUAUGUCUCCAAGGGCACCACCAUCACCAGGCGAAAGACCUUCAAGGAAGUGGCCAAUGCAGUGAAGAUCUCAGCCAAGCUGAUGGGACACAUGAUGGCCCGGCGGGUCAAGGCCACUAUCCUCUAUGCCACUGAGACCGGCAAAUCCCAGAGCUAUGCCUGGAACCUUUGUCAGCUCUUCCAACGUGCCUUUGACCCCAAGGUGCUCUGCAUGGAUGAGUACGACGUGGUAUCCCUGGAGCAUGAGACCUUGGUGCUGGUGGUGACCAGCACUUUUGGCAAUGGGGAUCCCCCUGAGUGUGCGGAGAGUUUCUCCAAGGCACUGAUGGAGAUGACCUCUCCCUACACCAGCACGUCCCAGGCUGAGCCACCUUUGAGCUAUAAGCUAAGGUUCAACAGCGUCUCCCAGUCUGACCAGCUCGUGGCUUCUUGGAAGAAGAAGCGGCGGCAGCUGAGCAACACUGACAGUGCUGGAGCCCUGGGAGCGCUGCGGUUCGCAGUGUUCGGGCUGGGGUCGCGGGCAUACCCCCACUUCUGUGCCUUCGCCCGGGCCGUGGACACUCGGCUGGAGGAGCUGGGUGGGGAGCGGCUGCUGCCCAUGGGGGAGGGUGAUGAGCUCUGUGCCCAGGAGGAGACCUUCCGCACCUGGGCACGCCACGUCUUCCAGGCUGCCUGCGAGACCUUCUGCGUGGGGGAUGCUGCAGGGGGAGCCGAGGAGCUCUUUGCCCCACCCCAAGACUGGAAGCACCAGAAGCAUCAGCUGGUGCCACAGCCCCAGGCCACUGACACCCUAUCCGGCCUGUCCCAGCUGCACAAGCGCCGUGUGUUCCCCUGCACACUGCUUUCCGUGGAGAAUCUGCAGAGCCCCGAGUCCAGCCGCUCGACAUUGCUGGUGCGGCUGGACACGCAGGGGCGGCCGGAGUUGCGGUACCAGCCCGGGGACCACCUCGGGGUGUUCCCGGCGAACAACCCCGAGCUAGUGGGGGAACUGCUGCGGAGGGUGCAGGGACCUCCCGGCCCCGAGCAGCCCGUGUUGGCCCUCAGCGCCCAACGGGACUCCGACGCAGACUCCCCUGGGCAGCCACAGAGCCGCCUGCCCCCCUGCAGCUUGGCCCAGGCCCUCACCUUCUUCCUGGACGUGGCAGCACCCCCGAGCCCCCAGUUCCUGCAGCUCUUGGCCACACUGGCAGCUGAGCCUCAGCAGCGGCAGCAACUGGAGAGACUGGGACAGGAUGCGCGGUUGUAUGAGGAGUGGAAGUGGUUCCGCUGCCCCACGCUGCUGGAGGUGCUGGAGGAGUUCCCAUCAGUGCAGCUGCCCCCAGUGCUGCUUCUCACCCAGCUACCGCUGCUCCAGCCCCGGUACUACUCCAUCAGCUCCGCGCCGGGCCCCAGCCCUGGCCAGAUCCAUCUUACUGUGGCCGUAGUCACCUACCGCAGCGAGAACGGGCAGGGGCCUCUGCAUUUCGGCGUCUGUUCUACCUGGCUGGCACGGCUACAGCCCGGGGACACCGUGCCCGCCUUCAUCCGAGGGGCUCCGUCUUUCCGGCUGCCAGCCGCGCCCGAAGCCCCCUGCAUCCUGGUGGGACCUGGCACCGGUGUCGCCCCAUUCCGGAGCUUCUGGCAGCACCGGCUGCACCAGCUGCGGGACGGAAGUGGCCCGCUGGGCAGCAUGGUGCUGGUGUUCGGGUGCCGCGCAGCCACACUGGACCACAUCUACCGUGAGGAGAUGGAGGAGGCCCAGGAGCAAGGGGCCCUCAGCCAGGUCUUCACUGCCUUCUCACGCCAACCUGGGACACCCAAGACAUACGUGCAGGAUGUCCUGCGGACGCAGCUGGCAGCAGAGGUGCACCGGGUGCUGUGCCAGAGCAGGGGGCACAUGUACGUCUGCGGGGAUGUCACCAUGGCCACUGAAGUGCUGCAGACUGUGCAGCACAUCCUGGCACAAGAGGCUGGCAUGACGCUGGGCCAGGCUGGCGACUUCAUCAGCGAGCUGCGGGACAAGAACCACUACCACGAGGACAUCUUUGGCCUCACCUUCCGCACGCAGGAGGUUGCUUUCCGCAUCCGCAGCCAAUCCUUCUCCACCCAGCAGCGCCCGCAGCCAGAGCCCAUGCCCUGA